UGCUAUUUUGACGGACGUAAGACAAUUUUUGACAUAUGACGCAGUUUACGUACAUAAUUUUAAUGGAUAAUAAAUUUCUCUGUAAUUCUCUACUUAUUUUGAUUCUAACUAUUUAAAUAAUUCAAAAAGUCAUGUUCAUAAGCAUUGUUUGCUGUUUGCUAAGUUCAGCCUACGCAGAACAAAAGCUGCCCGUAGCAUUAAACACAUGGGCGUUUCUAGAAGCAAAUCAAGUGGCCUGGGCAGUCUUGCAUGAACCGGGAAAAUCAAGUUUAGACGCCUUAGUAGAUGGUGUAACAACUUGCGAAGAUCGGCAGUGUGAUGGUUCGGUAGGGUAUGGAGGGUCGCCCGAUGAAUCUGGAGAAACUACUUUAGAUAGUAUGAUAAUAGACGGUUCUAACAUGAAUGUUGGUGCUGUAGCUGGUUUACGACAUAUCAAACAAGCAAUUCGUACUGCUCGUUUUGUUUUAGAGCACACAGAGCAUUCGUUAUUAGUGGGCGAUGCAGCCAGCAAUUUUGCAGAAAUGAUGGGCUUGCAUCGAGAAUCCCUAACAACUCCUGCUUCGAAAGCAAUGUGGUUAGAAUGGAAACACUAUAAUUGUCAACCAAACUUUUGGGUUAAUGUUAUACCUGAUCCAAAAAAGCGAUGUGGACCUUACAAGCCCCAAAGUAAGUGGCUGACUACAAAUUCCAACACGAAACGUUUAGAAUGUAAAAUGAAUCAAAGAAAUCAUGACACCAUAGGAAUGAUUGUAAUCAACCAGCGCGGUCAAAUAUAUGCUGGAACAUCUACAAACGGAGCUACACAUAAGAUACCUGGAAGGGUAGGUGACUCUCCAAUACCAGGUGCGGGAGCAUACGCUGAUAACGAAGUAGGGGCUGCUGUGGCUACAGGAGAUGGCGAUAUUAUGAUGCGUUUUUUGCCUUCUUUGUUGGCGGUAGAGGCGCUACGUUCGGGUAAAACACCAGAGGAUGCUGCUACAUAUAGCAUCGAACGUAUCGCACACUAUUAUUCAAACUUUAGCGGCGCUGUAGUAGUUGUUGAUCGCUGGGGUAAUUAUUCAGCGGCGUGCAUUGGAAUGAAAAAAUUUCCUUAUUCGGUAGCUCAAGGUAAACAUAAAUCAAUAAUUAAAUUCAGGGAUUGUAUAGUAACGUAAUUGUUGAUGCAGCCGUAUAUUUGACAUAAAAUGCUUCAAAAUAAAAAAUUCAAAA